AUGAACCCGGGACAAUUGCACCUCACCAAGGAGACUCUUCAGACCAUUCCCUUCAAGGACUGUGUACUAGCAGAGGUCAACGGAGCUCCCCGGGGUGGUGGGGGCCGGACUACGGCUCCGCUCGGGGUGGGCGCUGCCGAAGGGCGCGGGGAUGCGGCGAAAGGCGGCCCCGGCACUGUGCUCGCCGCCCCACGGGGAUGCGCGCAGCGGUGCGGGGGCGGGAUCGUGCCUUGCUCCCCCCAGAGCUGCGGCCCCGGCCCGGCCCCGCCGCCCGCCUCCCUCUCUGCCCCGCUGUCAGAGCCGGCUGCCGCGGGGCAGCGGGGCACGGCGGGUGUGCGGCGUCUCCCUGCGGUGGUUGCUUUGGUACCGGGGCGGCGGCUGCGCCCCACGCGGGUUCCGUCCGUCUAUCCAUCCAUCCAUCCAUCCGUCCGUCCAUCCGUCCAUCCCUGCGUGGGCGGCGGCUCGUGUAUGUGUGUGACUGACAGUGCGGCGCGCACAGCGCGGGGCAGCCGCCCGCUCGCAGCCUGCCGGGGCACGGCGGCGCGCCCCGGCUGUGGCAGCCCCUUCUCCGUCCCCCGGAGCCCUCCCCAGUGGGGGCGACCUCAGCGGCCUCGCUGCUCGUCCUCCUCCUCCCUCCUGGCGGGGCAAGUUUUUCAGAUUCAGGAGAGAAUACUUUGUUACGUGUUUGUAAAGCAGCCAGGACUCUACAGUCUCUGGGCAGAUUCUGGCACUGUACUCAUAAGGAGCAAAAACAACACAUGAACGAAUCCUGUGGGAUGCUUCAGACGUACUAUGGUUCUAAAGCAUUUAGUGAAUAGGUAAGGUGGUGGGAGACAUAAGAAGAAGUCAGGAAGGGAUUAAAAUUUGUCUUUUUAGCCUGACAAUGUUGGGGAGUUUUUAUCUGAAUAUAUGAUAUAAUCAGUUUAGCUACAAUCACCUUCCUCUUUGUAAAAUUUCAAGCUGAAGAUGCUCUUCACUUCCAGAUUCUGUUUCUGGAAUAUAUUGAAUUCUGCACCAUCUCUCAGCACUUAAGCAUGUCCUUAACUUUCCACAUUCACAUCAGGACCACGUGGAAUACCAUUCAAUUCACUGGAAUUACACACAUGGUUAAAGGC